CGCAUGAGAGAGUUUACCCCGAUGAGGCGGUGAGAGGCCCGGGGCCUACCUCAGCGGAGCGGGCUCGCGGCGCCAGCUAGCAGCGGGCCCCCUCCCGGUCCCCGGGCCCGGCGGCGCGGCGGCUGCUUGGUUGUGAGGAGGCGGGGAAGCGAGUGUCCGGCCCCAGCCAUGGAGGGUAUGGACGUGGACCUGGACCCCGAGCUGAUGCAGAAGUUCAGCUGCCUGGGCACCACGGACAAGGACGUGCUCAUCUCCGAGUUUCAGCGAUUGCUCGGCUUCCAGCUCAACCCGGCCGGCUGCGCCUUCUUCCUGGACAUGACCAACUGGAACCUCCAAGCAGCAAUUGGCGCCUAUUAUGACUUUGAGAGCCCAAACAUCAGUGUACCCUCCAUGGCCUUUGUUGAAGACGUCACCAUAGGGGAAGGGGAGUCCAUACCUCCUGACACCCAGUUUAUAAAAACGUGGCGGAUCCAGAAUUCUGGGGCAGAGGCCUGGCCUCCAGGGGUUUGUCUUAAAUAUGUCGGGGGAGACCAGUUUGGACAUGUGAACAUGGUGACGGUGAGAUCGCUAGAGCCCCAAGAGGUUGCAGAUGUCAGCGUCCAGAUGUGCAGCCCCAGCAGAGCAGGAAUGUAUCAGGGACAGUGGCGGAUGUGCACUGCUACAGGACUCUACUAUGGAGAUGUCAUCUGGGUCAUUCUCAGUGUGGAAGUGGGUGGACUUUUAGGAGUCACGCAGCAGCUGUCAUCUUUUGAAACGGAGUUCAACACACAGCCACAUCGCAAGGUAGAAGGAAACUUCAACCCGUUUGCCUCUCCCCAAAAGAACCGACAAUCAGAUGAAAACAACUUAAAAGACCCUGGGGGUUCCGAGUUCGACUCGAUCAGCAAAAUCACAUGGGCUCCUGCUCCUGACCAAACCGAGCAAGAUGAGAAUAGACCCUCAGAGAACUCUGUAAAUCUGUCCCCCAGCAGUCACGCAAACAACUUAUCAGUAGUGACUUACAGUAAGGGGCUCCACGGGCCUUACCCCUUCGGCCAGUCUUAAACGGGUGUCAGCAAGAAGAAAAACUAACAAAAGACAGAAGGCUUGACUCUGGGGGGGGAGGGCAAGGGGUUCCUCUGGAUUGCAGACCACAUCGCACGGACCCCUGGCUCUGACCCCCGUCCUGAAAGAAGAGGAAGACGCAGAAAAGACUAGUUUUGAGUAAACUCAGUGUGCAUGUGUGAAUGCCGAGUCGCAGGAGUGGUGUUGAGGCUACCAAGAAGAGAUCCAUGCAGCCACUUUGGGCUUUGUUUGUUAGGUGUCAGUCUAACAAGUCACUAGGUUGCUUGGGAAGGAACAGAAAAAAAUGUUUAAAUGGGGGAAAAAAGCCAUCUUUUUAAACAAAAAUUAUUUUGCCUACAGACAGGUUGUAGUUUUGAGCACAUGUUAAUUUUUUCCCCUCUUUCCCAACUUUUUUUUUUUUUUUUUUUUAGAUAAAGGAUAACAUGCUGUUUAUAGAAUAGCUGCUUGCUCUGGAAGCGAUUCAGGUUAAAAGCUGGCGUGGCCUGCUCGGGGACCGUGCGGGUUGGCGCCGCAGGGGGACACCUGCCGCGCCUCCUGACUCCUCGAGUCUCUGACCCCCCGUUUGUUUUUAAUGGCGCCAGCCAGUGAAUUACCAUGCUUUUCCUCCUCUUUUCUCUUUAAUCUUCUGUUGAUUUACACCUUUGACAUUUGUAUGCGUCAGCCCUGUGGCUUGUUACCACCAGAACCUCUCCGAAGACCAGACUUCCCUGUGCGGCCAGCAGCGGAAGCCUGGAGGACAGAGCGCAGGUGACGGAGCUUCUGAGGCCGGGGGGUGUCCGCCUGCACACGCGUGUGACAGCUCAGAUCACCUCCGUUCCCGCACCAGCACGCUCAUUGCACGCCUCUCUCGGAUUCUUGGCACACAGCGACUCCCCAUUCACUCUGGGGGCGGUGCCUCUGUGUUGCGUGUGUGCGUGCACCGCAUGCGCACGCGCACAGGGUUGGUGCUGCUCCCCAGCGAGCGUGCAGCAGGCGGGGUGGAGGUUCCCGUGCUUCUCUGUUGUCACACAGCUCCCUCCCCCCUUGUCUCCCUGCCGUUGUCCAGUGUGGUGUCUUCGCAGCCUGUUAGCGGAGGCUGGGCUGUUCAGGUAUGAAAACGUAGCCCCAGGGAAGGGCCACGCUUACUGACCGCGUGAUCUUGGAGACCACGUUUUGCUGGGAAUGAAAUGACCCCCGCCCCACGCAGGAUGCUUAGUGACUAGGAAGAGGCGGACUCGGGACAGCCCAGCGGAGCCCAGGCGGACGGGCGGCUGCUCACAGGAGCGGGUGGCCCCAUGGGCGUCCUGUGGGUUCUGAGUAGGCUGGGAUGUGGACACCUCCAUGGGGAGCUGGAACCAGGCCAGAACAGCUGUCUGCCAAAGAUACAAGAAUAUGCAAAGGCCCUCUUCUCUUCUCAGCCCCUCCUUCCCCGAGUCUUGGUUGGUUUGAUAGCCGGGAUACGGAUCUAGGGUGCGGUUGCUGGGUUGCCUGCCUGUUGCCACGCCGUCCCCCUCCCCGAGGGUGGGAACCGGCAGGGAGGCCAGGUCGAUGAGCGCCUGCAAGGGGUCGUAUAGCCUGGGUGUGGGUGAGGGUCUGCCUGCCUGUCUGUCUCUGUCUGGGUGUCUGAGUUCCGAACAUGUGUGUUGUUCGUGCCUCCUCAUCCUCUUCUGAGACUGUUGUUUUUUUAGAAGCUUGACUGUGAGAGAAAAGCUUGUAUGAAAUUCCCCCAAUGCCUCCCUACCCCCCAGAUAAAAGGCGGAGUAAACUCUGGUCCACUGGAGAAACCCGAGGGAGGGUGGAGCCAGGGCUCACCUACUCUAUGCACACAGAGCACCCCGUUCCCAGCAGAGUAGACGGGAGUCCCUGCCGGGUGCCCAGGCCCCCACAGGCCCGAGCCAGGGGCUCACGAUGGCUUUUUGUUUGAGGGCCCUGUCAGGCCCAGACUGCCGCCACCGUUGGUGCCAGCCUCCCGGACGCUGCCGCCCUGGAGUGCACCCCCACCCAGCCCCCUGCUCGCUUGCUGGCAUCGCAUCUUCAGCUGCCCACACGGGAUUGCAGGAGGCUCUACAUCCCCUGAUUCCCGGCCUCCUGAUCUGCCCCACACCAGCCGCCCCCUCCCCUCUUCCCGGGGGAGCUGCCUGCCGUUUGUUACUCAGCAUUGACUUCACAGGUCACCGUCGGUGGGUCUGGCCCUGCCAGGGGGCUCCUGCCCCUCCUCUUGCUUCUCGGCAGUCUCACCUGGGAAGGUAAUUGUCCCAAGCAUGUUGGCUUCCCUCCCAAGAACAAAACCAUUUCUGUACACAUCUUCGGAGAGGUGGGCUCCUUGCCGAGACCAGAGCCGUGGAGUUGGGGCGGGAGGAGUCCGAGGUCGCCCCAGGACCUGGAGGCCCUUGUACCAUCAUCUGUCUCCUCUCCCUGAUUUGAGUUCCGAGCAAGUCCUGGAGUCCCUCUUCUCCCAUCCUGGUGGGGCGGCAGAGGCUGCCUGCUCAGUUCCUCUUGGACUCUUUACCAAAUGGCAGGCUGCCUCUGGGCAGGACCACCUGUGUCUCGCAGCCAGGAGGGGAGGUGCCGUCCUUCAGGACCUGAGCCCAGCAAGGGAGGUAGAGGGGCUCAGGCUUGCGAGGAACCUCUCUGUGUGCAUGGAGUGAGGUGUGUGUGGGUGUGUGUGCACGUGUGCAUGCUUUUUUUCUUUUUGCCAUGGGGACAGUUGAAUUUGGGGCAUUUUUCUACAAGAAACAAGCCUUCUCUCCCCUAUCAAGGACUGGCCAUAAACUUCAGUCCAUCAAAGGCACUUGCAGCCAGAAAAGAACCUCACCAGGACAGCUAGUGUGGCCCCAGGCUGGCCAAGGAGGGAAGAAGGUGUAGGAAUGAACACCUCCCCGAAUUGAAUGUGAGCCCCGGCAGGAGAGGGUGGUGGGGUUGCCAGGCCCCAGAAGUGUAAGCCGGUUCCCCGCCCCGCCCCACCUUUUCUGUUUCCCUGGGUGAGUGCUGGAGCGGCGUAGCUGCUGCCUCCUCCUGGACACUGGCAUGUAGCAAGCAAGCUGGGUGGGUGUUCAUGGUGGGGCCUCGUGGAGCCUGGGAGGAGAUGAAGAUGAGGAGGUUUUUCCUUACUGUAUAAAUGAAUAUUUGUAUGAUUAAAUUAACACACACCAAAAAAAGAAACAAAAACCCUA